UUGUCCAGUAGUAAUAUAAUUGUUGUUACUUUAAUUUCAGCUUUCUUCCCCUUCCUCGGCCCCAUACUUGAAAAGUUUGAAUUUUCUUUUUUCCCCAAAUCUGUCACCGACUUCUUUUAUGCUUCUCUGGAGAAGAUUAAGUCCAACCGUGAGACCAGCCAGCAGAAGAGUCGAGUAGAUUUUCUCCAACUAAUGAUUGAUUCCCAAAAGAACAAUGGGUUGCAAAAGGACAAAAGAUUAAGUGACCAUGAGAUCCUUUCCCAAUCCAUGAUUUUCAUUUUUGCUGGUUAUGAAACAAGCAGCAGUUCUCUCACUUUCUUGGCUUACAAUUUGGCUACGAACCCAGAGAUCAUGAGAAAGCUCCAGGAGGAGAUUGAUUCCACCUUCCCCAACAAGGCUCCUGUUCAGUAUCAGCCUCUGAUGGAGAUGGACUACUUGGACAGCGUCAUCAAUGAGUCUCUCCGGUUGUUCCCCAUUGCUGCACGUUUGGAGCGUGUGGCCAAAGCAUCUGUAGAGAUAAAUGGCCUUGUGAUUCCAAAAGACAUGGUUGUCCUGGUCCCCACAUGGCCUUUGCACCGGGACCCUGAGAUAUGGCCAGAACCAGAGAAAUUCAAACCCGAGAGAUUCAGCAAGAAAAACAAGGAGGAUAUCGAUCCAUACACAUACAUGCCUUUUGGGGUAGGGCCAAGGAACUGCAUUGGGAUGAGAUUUGCUCUGGUGGUGAUGAAACUGGCAGUGGUGGAGAUCCUGCAGCGGUACAGCUUCUCUGUGUGUAAAGAGACCGAGAUCCCAUUUGAGAUGGAUGUCCAGGGUUUGCUAGCACCCAAAAGACCCAUCCAACUGAAGCUGAUCCCUCGCUCCUAAUCUUCCAGCUGAAGAAAUACUUUUAAAUCAAAUUGUGAUGUUUAUUUUGUGAAUUUUAUAUUCCUUUCUCACAAAUGAAUUUUUUGUAUAAUGAUACAUCUUGUAUAGCCCUUAUAAUACAACUUGUAUUAUACUUAGAUUAAAUGAAGAUUAAAUGAAUGAGCUUUAGUGCCUGUCCCUGUUUUUCUAUAGGUAAUGAUGUAUAUUGUUGAGUUGAGUCAAAUGUUCCAGGCAUGGAACAUUGAGUUGAUUUUUAGUGAUUUUUCUAUCUAAAUCAAAUUGUAACCUUUAUUUGACGAGGUUUACAUUCCUUUCCUAUAACUGUGAAGCCUAUAGUGUUGUAAGUCCCUUUUUCUUCAUACUGAACUGAGAGAUAAAAUAUUUUUAAACUGUGUUGCCAAUAAACAGUGUACAGGUGUACACUGAUCACAGUAAAAUAUCACUCUGAAAUAUGCUGCUUUAUCACAGCACAAUGCCACAGAUGUUGCAAUUGGCAAACUGACUGCAGGGAUGUCACCCAGAGCUGUUUUUUGUGAAAUUAAUAUUCAUUCCUCUACCACAAGUGCACACAGUCCUCUCCAAAGGCAUUUCAGAGAAUUUGGUAGUACAUCCAACUGGCCAGACAAUUGCAGACCACGUGUAUCCACACCAGCCCAGGACCUCCACAUCCAACAUGUUCACCUCCAACAUCGUCUGACUUCAGCCACCUGGACAGGUGUACAAACUGUCAGGAACUGUCGGCUUUCAACUUGACUGUAGUUUGUUUACGUAACCGACUUGAAUGCUCAUAUUUGAUAGCGUCAGGCACAUUAGAGAGGUGUGCUCUUCAUGGAUGAAUCCCAUCCAUGCCAUCAUGUGAGACAGCAUGUGAGGAGUUGUGUUGGUCAAUGGUUUGCUGAUGUCAACAUUGUGAACAUCAGCAAACCGUUGCUGCACAAUCAUGUUGGAAGAGGAAGAGGCCAUUUCCAAACUGUUCCCACAAAGCUGGAAGAAUGGAAUUGUCUAAAAUGUCUUGGUAUGCUGAACCAUUCAGAGUUCCUUUCACUGGAACUAAGGGGCCAAGCCCAGCUACUGAAAUUUAAUGGAAUUCACUGAGCUCCUGAGAACGACCCAUUCUUUCACAAAUGUAAAAACAGUCUGCAUGCCUAGGUACUUAAUUUUAUACACCUGUGGCCCUGGAAGUGAUUUGAACACCUGAAUCCUAUGAUUUGGAUGGGUGAGCAAAUACUUUUGGCAAUACACAGUUUGGUUUAGAAGUAUGUCAUUUAUCUCUCAGUUCAGGAUUUCUGCUUAAAUAUGCCUACCCACAAGUCUUGUGAGUGACUUUAUUAUCUUGAAAUUGUCAUUGUUCAAUAAAGACUGUUUGGAAUAUGUUUUCA